GUGGCAUUUUAAAAAAUAUUGUUUUUGUUUCCACACAAGCAACUGACAUCUUUACCGUGACAACUGACAACAUUUUCCACACAUUGAUUAUAGCAGCAUUGAUUCCAGCAGCGUUAACUCAAUCUAACCAACUGGUUUUGCUGAACACUUGUAUUUACAUUACUUGGAAACAGCCAAAACUAAAACAGUGGUAUAGUUCAGCAUCUUUUUUAUCAUCACUACACUAAUACUGCAGGAGAUACCAUGAGUGAUCUGAAUGGAAUUUAUGCCCAGUCUGUCCAAGAGGAUGAAAACUGUGAAGAUGAGCUGCUCUGCUUCAAGAUUCAAACUCUCUUGGAGGAAAUGUUCUCCGACAGUCACCUGGCAGAGGACGGCUUCCUGCUCAAACACAUGCAGAAGAACAAAAUGGGCUACAUCAAUAUCAAGCUUCUCACUUGUUUGAAAAAGAUAAAGGCCCUGACUACAAACUGGUACAUGACUCUGGCAGCUGCAGAGUGCUCAGACCUUCUGGAGGUGAAUGAUGAAUGCACUAAAGUGAGACGCAAAAAGCCACUUCCCGAAUGGCUGCUGUGUUCCCCUACAAGCAGGCUCCUCCUUGUCUGGGACGUUUCUGCAAAGCAGAGAGGAGAAAACCGAGCAGGACAAGGUCCCGAGGAUCCUGUGCUCUUACUCAGGAUCCUCCAAAAGUUUGGCAUUACAAGCGGCUGCACUUCUGUCUGGAUCCUGCACCCUGGAGAAGAACUUCCCAAAGAGCUGAAAUGUUAUGCCAAACGUUACAAAGAGCUUGGCCAAUAUUUGUGUGCCGUGGUGAAAUUUGAUAGUUUGAAGGCAACUCGGAGGGCCUACAAUACCCUGAAAGCAGCAAAAGAUAAGUCUAAUGGGAAGGGCUUGUGUGUGUUACCUUUGGGAAGCCAUUCAGCACACAACUUCACCAAAUGUGUACCAUCAGAGGAGAAAGAUAUGGAUCAACUCGUGAUGGACAUCCAAGAAAAUCCACUUGAAAUAUCCACAAACUUAAUCCAGCAGGAACCUUGCUCAACUGUUACUGGUUCUGGAGAAACUCCAGACACAUACCAGCUUCAAGAACAUUCAAAUUACUCCACACAAGGAGUCUUUAACAGCUACAGCCAGUCCUGUGGACCGAUCCAAAGGUACAGUAGGCUAAGCUUAUGCUCUGGAGAUUGUAAAGAGAGCUCCAGGAGCCCAUGGGUACUCAAGCGAAAAUCUGCAGCCAAAGCUUUUAACUCAAAAACGGGUACACACCUGAAUGGCCCCUGCCUAAAACAAAGAGUGCUGCGUCAGCCCUUUGGUCCUGAUGAAACAAAGGGUUUUAAUGCCAGUGAAAGAGCUUAAACUCUUUGGAUGGAGCACCAUCGGUUGAUUUAUGGGAAAAUGCUGCAGAAAUUUAAAAGCUUAAAUAAA